UAGACCUUCCUCCGAUCAUCAACGCGUCAUAUAAUGUUUCAGCGGACGCCCCUCCCCCUGUCUCGUUUUUCCCCUCACUCAACCUCUCCUUUGACUCGCAGAGGCGGCUCACCACCACCACCGGCGCACGGACCGCGGAGGAUACGGCGGGGAAGAUGGCUGACUGCUCAGCCGGGCACCGCAAGCCCUCGGCGGCAUCGCCCGCGUCGCUCGGCCCGCUGAAAAGCUGCAAGACGUCCGCCGUCUGGCGACUGUAAACAGCUGCCUCUCUCUCUCUCUCUCUCUCUCUCUCUCCCUCUCUUUCUCUUUCUCUCACCCCCUCGUCCUCCUCUCACCCUCCUCACCGCAAAUAUUGACAGAAGUAUCACAGAGGAAACAUGGCAGAGAUGGAAAAAGAAGGCAGACCUCCGGAAAAUAAGAGGAGCCGAAAGCCAGCUCACCCGGUGAAACGGGAGAUAAAUGAAGAGAUGAAGAGCUUCGCAGAAAACACCAUGAACGAGCUGCUGGGCUGGUACGGAUACGACAAGGUGGAGCUCAGAGACUCCGACAACCUGGAGAUCGGGGAGACGCCGCAGCACAUCUCUGUCCUCAAAGAAAAUUCAUUGCCAAAAAACCCAGCUUCAGCAGAGAACAGCGAAGGCUCCCCGGAUCGAGCCAACAGCUCCCACUCCUUGCCAGCCUCCAGGAAUGGAGUCGCAGAGCCCUCCACCACGCCGUCCACCUCCACACCCGGCAGCAAGGAGCAUGGCAACAUGCCCAUCAUAGUUCCCAUGAUCCCCCCGCCACUGAUCAAACCCCCUGCAGACGAAGACGCGUCCAACGUGCAGAUCAUGUGCGCCUGGUGCCAGAAGGUCGGCGUCAAACGCUACUCUCUGAGCAUGGGCAGCGAGCUGAAGAGCUUCUGCAGCGAGAAGUGCUUCGCCGCCUGCCGCAGGGCCUACUUCAAGAGGAACAAGCUGGGAUAUAUAAGGAAUUACGCCCUGGGAUAUAUAAGGAAUUACGCCGCGAGAGACGACGAUGGCCUCGGUGGGAAAUUACCCCAGCACAGCUUUACUCAGGACACGCCCAGGCUUGUCUUCAAGACAAACAGCGAUGUGCUUGUGUGUGACUGGUGCAAACAUAUUCGCCACACUAAGGAGUAUUUGGACUUCGGUGCUGGUGAGCGGAGGCUGCAGUUCUGCAGUGCCAAAUGCUUAAACCAAUACAAGAUGGACAUUUUCUACAAGGAGACCCAGGCUGCCCUACCUGGAGCAUUGUGCAACCCAGGACACGGGGCUAGUGGGGAGGGCAAGCCAGAGUGCAGUGGAGGGGUGCAGCUGCUCACUCCGGAAUCCUGGGGAACACCUCUAACGGACCUUCGACGUAAAGCUCCUUCUCCAGGAGGACCUUCCGGCACAUGUACUUUGCCACUUUCCACUUCCUCUGCCACCUCGCCCUCAGACACGGCUGCUGUCUGCUCCCCAUCGUCCUCAUCUUCAGCCAAAAUCCCAACACCCAGGCCCCACGAAAGCCCUACGCUUCCCCCGCCGCCGGUUCCAACUUUACACCCGUCGGUUGGCGUUCCCCCUGGUAGCCCUCCCAUGGUGAUGACGCCACGUGGACCCAUGCCCCUGCCUCUGUUCAUGGAGCAUCAAAUGAUGCAGCAGAUUCGUCCACCAUUUCUUCGCCCCUCGGCGCAUCCAGCAGGGCCAAACAGCCCGCUGUCAAAUCCCAUCAUCCCUGGUAUUGGCCCACCACCUCCCCCUAGGACCCUUGGUCCUGCUUCAAGCCCCAUGCACAGGCCUCUGUUGUCUCCACAUGUCCACCCAUCAUCCAAUCCAAACCCUGGCAUGAUGCCCCCACAUCCUGGACUUCAUAUGCCAGGCCUUCCCCCUUUCCCCCCAGUUAACAUGAUGCCCAAUGGACCCAUCCCUUUGCCCCCAAUGAUGAACUUUGGCAUGCCAUCCUUGGCACCAUUGGUGCCCCCACCAACUCUUUUGGUCCCGUACCCUGUCAUUGUACCCCUGCCAGUUCCUAUUCCUAUUCCAAUCCCAAUCCCCUUCAAUCCCAAAUCUUCCAGGGACCAACCUGAAAGCAGUGGCUCUGUCCGCAAUGCCCCAGACCCUUCUGAAGGUUCAGCCUCUGGUCCUCACUCUCCAGGAUCUUCUGGAGGUGACAGAGGGGAACAGAAGUUAGAGCCCGGUAAUGGAGAGCGUGUUUCUCCUCUGCGCUCAGAAAGAAGCAGGACGGCUUUAGUUGAUUUGACUGUAAAGGCGGAGGACAAUUCAGGCAACCUUUGUUUAGCCAGAGGGCCUGCACUGAUUGAUGGAGUUAUUGAUCUCACUGUGGGCCAAAGGUCCUGCCAAUCACAGGUCAUUCAAAGGAUGUUGCCUGGAGUUCAGGUCAAAGUAGAGACAGACGUUGAAUCCCGAUCACCACCAUCCGUGGGGAGAGAAGGGAAAGGAAAUCGAGAUUGUGAAGAAGAGCUUGUGAACUCACAGGGUCUCCUCAGUACUAAAGAGCUGGAAGGGGGCACACAAACUAGCACACUGGAAUCAUCAGCCCUACCCUCCAGCAACAUCAGCCUUUCUAGUAAACUCGAUCCCCCAGUAAACCAGCUCAAUCCUUGCGUCUCUAACUUGACAGCACCAUCCUUGCCAAGUACAGUACGGACCCAACCUCUGCUCCUCCCUCAGUUCCAAACAAAUCCUGCUGCCCCUUGUAAUGUAAUAGUUAAUGGUACAGGAUGGCAUCCACUUCUCAAUCCAGCCUACGAGUCUUGCCCUGAUCGAGGAGGAGAUUUGGUUAAGGUAGAAGGAGAGACUGGGGAGCCACCAGCCAAUGGUGAGCUGGAGCACGAGGCACUGAAAGAGAACAAUUGCUCGGUGGGUGAAUGGGAGCCGGGUAAGCGGGUCUCAGCACAAGAUGAGCUGGUGAACAGGGUGGAGGGGAAGCCAGAUCCUGACUCCAACUUGGAGGAAGGGGAGCAUGCCUAUGCCUUGCCACUGCUGUCAACUGGUGGCUGCGUCGUCAUCCAGCCCGUGCCAAAGCCCGCCGCCGACAAGGCGGCCAUUCUGUCCUGCUCCAUUAGUGCACCGCUGUCAGCAGCCGGGAGUCCUGAGCUGGAGCCGCCACUGAAGAGGAGGUGUCUGCGAAUUCGCAAUCAAAACAAAUGAGAUGGAUGCUCUGAGGACCGCAGUGCCAUCAACGACACUCACUUGUCCACCCCCCCACCUCCGAAUCCCACCACUCCCAGCUACACUGCUCACACAGACGCACGCAGUCCUCGCCCGCCGUCCAGUCUACCAGCACCACAAAUCGCCUUCGACCACGGAUAAGAGUCCAAGAGAACCCGACGACAUGUAUCAUAAUAGAGCAAACGGGACUCCUUUGUCGUCUGUGUAACAGACACCGAUGGACUUCAGAAGACUGAUAUCACAUCCAGCCAUACUUUGAAGUAGAAAUGAUAUAUUCUUGCGACAGGAGGACUUUCACCCCGCUGCUUCUCUCCUCAUUUAGAGACUCAGCCCACACUGCCCCCAUGGAGUCAAUCCAUCUUCCCCUAUCAAACAAGUUGUUUUCCUCGUACAGUGGAACGCUGUCACUUUUCUGAUAUUUCAAAGCCAUUGCCAUGAAAUUAGCAAAGGAACCCCUUAGAGAAAAGCUUCAGUCCAACCGGGUGCGACAACACAGGUACAAGAUUACUUUCAACACUCGAUCACUAACAUUUAGUCGGUAAAGCUGACAGAAAACCUUCCCGUUGGCCUUUGCUGAUCUGCAGCCAGUGAGAAAAAUCAACUUGCCAACCUUGGGAUGUUUUCUGGGAAGGUCAAACUCAUGUGAGAAAUGUCCAGGUUCAUCUAUUCCAUAGGGUGCAAAGACAAAAAUCUGAACGUCAAUACAACCUCUAAUG